GGGUGCUAUCCAGUUUAUGUACUCAUUUUACUGCUACUAACAUAUCUAUUGAAUCAACUGGAUCGCUAUGCUAUUGGUGUUACAUCCAUUUAUAUUGCUCAAGAAAUGCAAUGGGGCAAUAAAGGCUGCCUGCUUAACACGUCUUAUAGUAAAGCCCAAUUUAGAAAUAUAUCGUGUGGAAUCCAUGACAAAACUCUAACUUCUCAUCAAAUUGAAUCGAUAUGUGACAGCAAAGUUAAUGAUUUCGGUGAGCAUGUCUGUAAGUACGAUUACAACGGACAGGGAGAAUUAUUUCAAAUAUUGGCUGGGCCAGCAUUUAUAGUGGUAUAUACAUUUUCUGGAAUUCCUCUAGCGGCAAUUGGCGACCUGACUAAUCGUCGUAAUCUUCUUGUCGGCUGUUUGUUUUUCUGGAGUGCUAUGACAUUCAUCACUGGAUUUACUGAAAAGUACUGGCAGCUUUUAGUACUUCGCUUUGCAAUUGGCAUUGGAGAAGCAGGAUGUACACCGUUCGCAGCAAGUAUUAUCGCCGAUUACUUUCCUUCGAAUCUUCGGGCUGCUGCCAUUUCUAUAUAUAACUGGGGAAUCUAUACAGGCUAUAGUUUAUCCUUUGCGUUAGGUGAUUACGUUGUUAGAGCAAAUAUCUUGAAUCUGGGAUGGCGAUGGGUGUAUUGGAUUGCCGCAAUUCCUGGUUUCAUUAUCGCCAUUCUUAUACUUGCUACAGUCAAAGAACCUCAAAAAGCGCAUAAAGAUAAAUCCUCAAAUAUGUCAGAAAAGCUUUCAUGGACACGCUUUAAAUCUGCUAUUGCUCCAUUCAAAAAUUAUACUUUAUUAUGCCUCGUCAUUGCUGGAUCUAUUAGAAAUGCUGGAGGUUAUGUGUGGGCUUACAAUGUAAAGUCUUAUUUCAACCAAUAUUAUCCGCAAGUAAUGGUCGCGAAUUAUCUUGUAUGGAUUCCAUUAAUUGCUGGUUCUCUAGGAUCUCUGCUAGGUGGAAUUAUUUCGGAUCGUUUAGUUACAUCUUACGGCUUGAAAGCUCGAAUAUGGGUGUUAAUAGCUAGCCAGUUGUGUUCUGCGCCUUUUGCUCUCAUGGCCUUGCUAUUGCCACCACCAGCAGCAUUUAUUAUUUUGAUUCCCAAUUAUUUAAUUGGAGAAAUGUGGAUUGGUGUUACUCUGACUGUUAUAGUGGAGAUCGUACCUGGCAAUAUUCGUACUUCAGCAAUAGCAAUCUAUCUCUUUAUCAUUACUAAUAUCGCUGGUUUAAUGCCAUUAUUGGUGCCUCCUCUUGCGGCCGCUUCAAAUUUACGGAUCGCUUUAAUAGUGCUAUUUCCAUCGUUGUAUGUUGUAAGCUCUGGACUGUUUCUGGUAACAUACUUGGUGCAUAAA